AUGGGUUCGACCGGAGUCUGCAGUGUAUUUGACGGCAAUUGGGUAUCAUUGACGUGCGAUAGCGAACAGUUCGACAUCGACAGUGGCCGCGUGCGUUGCCAGUACACGGUGGUCGAUUACAUGGCCACCGUGGAUGGGACCGCGGUGAUCGUCGUUCCGGCCGCGUUCCGUUGCGCGUCGCAGAUGGUAGCGCACGUCGUAUUGCCUGGCGACCGCCGCGGACACGCCGAGGUAACCGUCCGUCGUUGGGCGGUCCGGUGUGCUCGACCAUAUCGGUUCGCGUACGUCGAUGGCCGGCACUACGAAGUAAUGGGCGUCAGCGACACAUUCACGUUCGUCCACUGCAGUGGUGGACCGUGCAACUGCGACGCCGAUUUCCACGUGGAACAGCCGACAGGCGUACUACAAGCCGAUGACCAUCGUACGGCCGACCACUCGAUGAGCGCAUUCGUUUCGGCAUUGAUGAGUACGCGGUCCAGCGCCUGCUCACACUGUCCGGUCUGCAACGUACCGUCCAAUCAUCGACAAGUGUUAGAGUACUUGACUACAAACAUCGAUCGGUUGUCCGAAGUUCAUUCGAAAAUCGACAAGGAUCACAUCAARCAAAAGCGCAGUCUAAACGAAUAUACUUCGUUAUUGGAGUACCAGUAUAUAAAAACAAAAAUGCUGAAUCGAGAGAUCGAAAACUGCCGACGGUUUGCGGACGAUUUAGUAUCGAAUCUAUUGAAAAACCGUAAAGCCAUUUUCAAAACAGGCAACCAUAUGAUUUACGUCAAAAUGGACGAAACUACCGAUAGUGAAUCUACAUCAAGUGAAUAUUUUAUGAACUCAAUUAUUAAUUCACAAAAACAAACGAUUGUGAAGUUGACGUCAAUAUACAAAGAAAUAACCAUUAUGAUGAAUACGAUGCAAUUGUUUGCAAAAGUAUUAUAA